GGUUAAACGUAAUAAGUGAGGACGUGGAGGAUGAAAUGAAAGAUGAAGAAAAGGAAGCAACCGAACCGGAGGAUCCAAAAAAACCUAAAAAAAAAACAAAUGAACAAGAAGAGUCUCAAAAUUACAUACAUGAUAUUUUACCUUCAGGAAAAGUCUCGACAAAAAGUACACGCCUUGGAGAAUUGCAGCAAAGUGACAAUGAAAUAUCACCUUUACUUGAAAGUGCUCAACCAUUAGAAACGACUCAACCGAUGCUAUCAUCCAGUAAAAACAAUUUUGGCAGUGCAAAUAAGCCGUUUGUCCAUGAGAGCAUGGGAUUAAGCGUCAUACCAAAAGAUACACAUUCUGUGUCUGAAUGGGUACAAGAUGAUAAAAAAGAAUCCUUAAUACUUGAUAAUCAAAAAGAAAAUUCAAAGGGAAGUAGCGAAAAACGGCUAUCUGGGUCUUUUACAUCGAAAUUAGGAGGAAUAGAAGAAGAGUCAGAAGAACCAGAACAGUUAGAGCAAAAACAGCCAGAAUUAAUAAAAAACACUAGUACUCGCAAAAUACGGACAAUGUUUUCAAAGGAAACACAUUUAGAAGAACCUAAGUCAGAGCCCAUAAAAAAAUCGACUGGUGCAAAAAUCACACGUCGCCUGUUUCCUUCAAUACAAGCUAGAAGAACUGCAACUCCUAUGUUGACAGUUAAUACCCCAUUACCAAUGCUGUCACUUUCUGAUCAAUCGGACAUAUCACCAUUUCCAUCCGCGCCAAUAACACCAUCUAUAUCAAUGGCAUCAACUACCCCUUCAUCUGCUAAAUCAAUGGCAUCGUGGCGAUGGCCAAAAAGACCUUUUAGUCCUGCUCGGGAAAAACAUAAAGAACCACAAAGUCCUAUAUCUGAGGAUAAUCCAGCAGAUCAUAUAGGAAAGGUAGGGAAUCUAUGGGCAAAAAAGACGUUAGGACAAUUAAGAAAAUAUCAUCAACGUCGCAGUCCAAGUAUAUUAGGUAGAAAAUUUGGACUGACGAGUCCUAUAAAAGAGUCGCAUGGUCCAUUACAAUCACCUGUGAGCGACAUAUCCGAUUCUAAAAAAUCGACAACGGUGCAAGUAUUGGAAGAGACACUAGAAACAAUUAAUGAGGAGGAUGAAGAUGAGGAAAUUGGCAUCUGGUCGAGCGAAGAAGUGGAUCUUACGGAACCUUGUACGGAGGAGAAGAAAAAUUUGUCACCUACAUCCAUGAAUGUAUUGAAUCGACAGAUCAUUGAAGAGGUUGUUGAAGAACCACACGGAAUGAGAGUUUCACCAGAAUAUUUAACGGUAGUUGGAGGCCCAUCAGUAAAUGCAGCCAGUCCUAACGCAUCAUCUGCCUCGCUCCCACUUCGAAGUAACCCAAGUAGUAGUUCAUUAGCAAAACAUAAUGCUAAACCAUUAUUUGAGACCACAUUUACAAUUUCCAACAAUACAAAUGAACCUUUCUGA